CUCUGUCUGAAGCCUGGACUCGGAGAGUCGACUCUUUGCGGACCGAGUCAGUGCUCAGUGUAAACAGUAAUGGCGCUGUACGGGCUGAUCCUGGCCGCUGUUUUAUUCACUAAUGCUGUGGCGGUUCUGCAUGAAGAGCGAUUUCUCGCCAAGAUUGGUUGGGGUGUGGACCAGAGCAUCGGGGGUUUUGGAGAGGAACCAGGUGUUAAAACCCAGCUCGUCAACCUGAUCCGCUCUGUCAGAACCGUCAUGAGGGUUCCCCUGAUCGCCGUAAACGCCGUCUGUAUCGCCCUGCUGCUGCUGUUCGGCUGAGGAACCAGCGCUGAAGAUUACAGCUAAUAGUUUAAUUACAGUAUAAAUUAAUACACCUCCUUCAAAACCCUGCUUACAGACAAUCAACCAAUCAACAGCCUUUAUUAUACAGCUCUGGAAAAAAUGAAAAAAAAAAAUCAGUUUCUGAAUCAGUUUCUCUGAUUUUUGAGUAAAAUGAACAUUGUUGUUUUAUUUUAUAAACUACAGACAACAUUUCUCCCAAAUUCCGAAUAACAAUAUUGUCAUUUAGAGCAUUUAAUUACAGAAAAUGAGAAAUGGCUGAAAUAAUAAAAGAUGACCUCAAAUAAUGUAAAGAAAACAAGUUCAUAUUCAUAAAGUUUUAAGAGUUCAGAAAUCAAUAUUUGGUGGAAUAACCCUGGUUUUUAAUCACAGUUUUUUCAUGCAUCUUGGCAUCAUGUUCUCCUCCACCAGUCUUACACACUGCUUUUGGAUAACUUUAUGCCUCUACUACUGGUGCAAUAAUUCAUCACCCAUCAAUUUUAAUACAUUUUUAAGUGGUCUCUUAAUCUUAUUAGCUGUAUAAUAUUAUACAUUACAUAUAACACUGGAGCUACGAUGCCAAUGCAGCUAACAUGCAAUGAGGCUUAUCUACACAAGCUAGCACUGAAAAUAAGAGGCUAAUGUGGCUAAAAAACAAUGGAACCUAAUGUACAGUAGUUAGCAUUAAAGUGUAAAUGCUCACACUCUUCAGAACAUGUGUGUGUGUGUGUGAUGUUGAGUAAUCUCUGAAAAGAGCUGAUUGUGAAUGUAUCUGCACUAUUAAUUCUGUAAUUAAUGUAUGAAUUAUUGAUGUGAGUGUGUGUGAUUGGCUCUAAGAUGUGAGCAGUGUUUUGGACCCACGCCGGUUCUGGUGUUAAUAUCCGUGCCUUACUCUACAGUACUGAACCCAGACGCUGCGGGACCCCUCGGACCCCCGGACCACAGUACUGCUGAACUGCUGAAUGUGUUUACAGUAGAUCUAAACUCUACUGUAGAAAUUCCCUCUAAUUUAUUUAUCUUUAUUUACAAUGACUGAAUGUAAUUUACUGUAUGUGAUGCACAGAUUUUUAAUAAUUAUUAAAAUAUCAUUUCAUUCCUG